AUGGCAGCUCAGGCAAAACCUGAUUCCAGCUAUGCAUCUAAUCGCAUGACAAGGAGGAAUCCUCCCCGCAGGCACCUUUUGUCUAAUUUCAAUAAACCUGAGCCUGUAGAUGCGAAAAUCGAAGUCGCAGGAGUCAAUAAAGAGGCUAUUGAACUUAGCAUUGAGACAAAGCCGGAGAUUGAUACCGAUGCCGAGCCUUUAAGUUCCGACGAAAAGGAAAUCGAAGACCCCAUGCCAGACAUCGCUCAACCUAGCAUCGAGAACAAGCUUGAGAUUGAUACAGAUACCGAACCUCUCAGCUCUCCACCUCUCAGCUCCUAUGAUGAGGAAGCGGAAGACCCGAAGUUGAACGCUGCUCAACCCAGUAUCAAGAAAAAAUGGGAUAUCGACACCGAUGCCGAUCCUCUAAGCUCCGAUGAAGAGCAAGCUAGCGAUAGCGAUGCUUCCCCAUGUUGCAAAGAGGUGAAGUAUACGACUUUGGAGAAGAAGUUUGCGGAAGGAGACAAUAGGACAUACAGUAGCCCACAAACUUACAAUGGAUACUCUCGCAGAGGCGGGUUUGUGCGAAAACUCAGCGCUAUGAUGGGCUCCGAUGAUGACGACCUACUUUUCUUCUCCUCACAGAGCCAGAACAAGCGGCAUAAGAAAAAAUAUGCGUCCAAGGACACCUAUUUUAACAAGCCAGCUUUUUCUGCACGAGAGACCAAGAAAGCGAAAGAGCCGUCACCGGUCGAGGAUGCCCCCAAAGAGCUCGAGGAGACCUUUAUUAUCCCAAAGGAUGUUGAAAAUUCAAGUUUCAGAGAACCUCAUGGCGGAAAAGACCCAAACUCCAGUUUCUCGCACGGCCGAUGCACGAUAGAAGAAUACGAAGCAAUGUUGCUUGAAGAUGAUUCACCUCUUUCGUCACCGUCUUCUUCCACUUGCGAGCAAAUGUCGCAGCUUGAUGAACUCGCAGCCAAGGAGAAGCGCCAACAAUCACCACCCUGUAAAGCUUUGUGCCCGAUGUGCCACAAAGAAGUAGACUGGGCUUCGCUAGAACUGUUCAAAGCACAGCCGAAGCAACGAAUUCGCGAACAGGUGAUGUUCUGCGAAUCACACAAGCUCCGCAGUGCGAUGGACUUGUGGCGUGAUCGAGGGUAUCCUAAGAUUAACUGGGAAAAGUUUGAAGAGCGUGUUCAGAGCUAUUUUCCCGAACUCGAAAAACUGCUUUUCCCCGGUGCUUUCUCUUACUACCGAAACAUUCUUGGUACCUCUUUUGCGCCAGGGAAAGCGAGAAACUUCCGCGUGAGAGUGAGUGAUGACGAGAGGCUUGAGACGAUGACCUGUGGUUAUUAUGGUACCAUGGGUGCAACCAAGAUGCUAGAAGCAAUCAUCCGUCGUUUUUCUGUGGUUGUACGUCGCCUGGCGACAACAGAUGAGCUUAUCAAGACAGCAGGCGUGGCUGGCUACACACAGUCUGUUCUUGUGCCCGAGCUGGCUGUCCUAAUGGUCAAGGAUGACAUGAAAGUCAACGACGAAGAGGCCCGUCGGAUUAUGAGGGAGAGUAUGGACAUUGGCGAUAGAGUCAAUCCAGACCUCAACGUUGUCCCGAUGCCGGAAGAUGUCGAAUUAUGA